AUGGUGAAUGAAGGGAAAUUGAAUAUCAAUGCUCCUCUCAUGUCUGUGAGGCGUUCUGUAUGUACACCAACAUCCUCAACUGAAGUAAAAACAAAGAUACUAGCGAAUUCAGCACAAGUCCUUCCAUGCAACAAGUCUGAAAUGAUUCAAAAUCAGGUAACGAAACCUGUUGUCGUGCCUAAAACAAGAUCUUUGAGGGACAUUUUGAAUAAAGUAGAUCAUGAAAAAGGAAUAGAAGAUGAGAAGGUAACAAAUUUGGAAGAGGAUGAUGAUGAUGACGAAGGCGAUGCUUUUUCGGAUGCUUUAGAAACACUGUCUUCAACAGAAUCAUUAUGUGUAAGUGGUUUGGAUAAUUUGGAUGCAAACAAGUGUAGAACAUCUUCUAAUGAUGAUAAACAAGCUCAAGACUUCAUGAUGAACCGUUUUUUACCGGCUGCAAAGGCUAUGACUUUACAACCACAUCAACAUGCUCCAAGAAAACAAUCUGUUCUGUUGGAACAGCCUAGCACCAAAUUGGUUAGUGAUGAAAAGAAAUUCUAUGUUAAUAAUAUGGCAAUCACCGACAUUAUACCAUACACUGGUCAAUAUGAAGAGGAGGAAUCAGAAUCAGAAUCAGAAGAAGAAAGUGACCAUGAAACUGAUGAUCAUGCAAAUAUAUCAGCUAAGGGUUGUGGAUUAUUUCCUAGUUCAUGCAUUAAGAAUUCAUUGUGCUUAUUAAAUCCAAUGCCCGAGGCAAAAACAGACAACCAUAUUCCCAUGUGGUCUUCCUACGAGGUUGAAAAACCUAACAAAAGUUCUCAUUUUAGCUCCUAUAGAUCAGGUCCAACCAUAAAGAAGGCUUGGGAUGCUAUUCAUAAAAGCAAAUCAAGCUCUGGGGCUAGUGAAUCAAAGAGGUAUAAUACUUACUCCGCUGAACCGAAUCAGAUAAGUAGGGUCGCUUCAUUUCGUCGGUCAGGUGCUGCUAGCGUAUCUUCUUUUCAAAGUAAUUCGCACUCUACGGCUGAGAAUAAUCAAUCUAAAAAACAUGAAAGUUUUCAAGAAUUGCAAUCACAGGGAUCCCAAAGAAGUUCAAAUUCAAGGAAUCUUUCAAUAGAAAAAACAUUAUACUCAGAUACUUGUAGUACUAAGAGUUCAUUUGACAAAGAUACAAACAUCAACAGCAACCAAAUUGUUGUAGUUGAUGGCUCAGAAAAAACUGAUCAUAAAUGUGUUAUGCACCUUCUUUCUCCACCAUUGCCGAAGUCACCUUCUGAGUCGUGGCUUUGUCGCGUCUUGCCCUUAGUUUCUUUCAAGAAUUCACUCGCAUAUUCGAGUCGCGGAACACAACAAUCACAUGCUGCUAAAAUGAUAGGUUACAGUAGAGCAUCCAGCUAUAGCAAGUGGGAAACAAUAGUGAAAACAUCAAAUUUGCAUCAUGAUCAUGAAUGCUGUUCUCAGGAACUAACCAUAUAUAAGUCUCAGCAUUCAAAAUCUUAG